GUGUGGCGCAUGCGUAUGGAGCUCACCUUCGCUCGAACCUCGGCCGGAAGCAGCCGAGAGCGGCCGAGCGGACUCUGCGCACGCGCACUCAGCGGCGGCGGCGGGGGGGAAAGAAGAGGACCGCUGAUCCGGACCCCGCCCCCUGCCGCUGUGACGUUCCAGGCCCCGCCCCCUCCGCGAAGCGACCGAGCCAGAGGCCGCUGCGCAGCCCCCGGAGCAGACGAAGGACCGGCAGCCGAAGGAGACCGCGGAGGAGCCGCCGCCGCCAUGGUGAAGAUCGCCUUCCAGUCGCCCUUCGCGCACAAGGAAGAGCCCAAGAAGGAGGCCGCCGAGGCCCUGGUGGCCGACAGGGAUCCGGAAGUUGCAACCCAAAGCCGCGAGAGUUCGUCUGGAAGAUGUCUGCUGACCCUUCUGGGCCUUGCCUUCAUCUUGGCAGGGGUGGUGGUUGGUGGAGCCUGCAUCUACAAGUACUUCAUGCCAAGGCACAAAGUGUUCCGUGGGCAGAUGUGCUACGUGGGAGAGGGCAAUCGGGACCAAGCCUCAGAGCCAUACUUCCUGCCCAUCGCUGAAGAAGCCGACAUCCGGGAGGAUGACAACAUCGCCAUCAUUGACGUCCCCGUUCCCAAAUUCUCCGACAGCGAUCCUGCGGCCAUUGUCCAUGAUUUUGACAGGCUGCUGACUGCUUACCUGGACCUGCAGUUGGGUAACUGCUACGUGAUCCCUCUGAAUACCUCGAUUGUUAUGCCACCACGGAAUCUGUUGGAUCUCUUUGCAAAAUUAGCGACUGGCUCCUAUUUGCCUCAAACCUAUCUUGUUCGUGAAGAAAUGGUGGUGACGGAGGAGAUUGAGAACGUCUCUGAUCUGGGCAUCUUCAUCUAUCAGCUCUGCGUAGGGAAGGAAACCUUCAGACUGCAGCGCAGAGAUAAGAUCAUGGGCCUCCAGAAACGCUCGGCUGAAAAGUGCCACACAAUCCGGCACUUUGAGAACCUGUUCGUUGUUGAAACCAAGAUCUGUCAGCAAUGAAAAGGACUGGAUGGAAAGUGACCCUCUCACAUCUUCAUUAAGAAGUCCAAGCUUUACAUCUUAAACUUCAGAAUUAAAAAAAUGUGCAGUGAUAAUCAAAAGCCUUAUGCUUUUUUGUCAGUUUAGAUUUAAGAGGAAAAAAGCAAACUCCAAAUUCAUUUUUUUUUUCUCCCUUUGGACCCCUGGUGCUGCUAAAUUUUCCAGAAACCAAUUUUGAGUAGGAAAAAACAUCUUAAAGUGAUACCUACAUACUCACCUGAACCUCUGUUUCAGAUUCUUCUUUAAAAAGCCGAAAUUAACACCCAAUCCUCGCAUAGGAACGUAGUCUGAUCACCGCCUAACUCCUCACGAAAUCAUGAAACUAAUACAUUAACCUCUGGUUUGCACCUUUUUUGCGCAGCUGUGUGAAACUGUUCGGCUCACCACCCCCUGGUAGGGAAAAAAGCCCUUUGAGACUUGAGGUUUCUUUAAACUUCAUGUGUGAAGCAUGUACAUUUUUAACCUUGUUGAUCAUAAACAGCUAACAUUGCUUUUUUUCAUUUUGUGCAAUUACUGUAUUAACUUGUAUGUAUAUUUGGGACAUUCCCCGAGCUUCCCUUGCUAUAUUUUCCCCCCUUUUGGGUUUUGUAAUAUUUAGUUGUAUAUCCAGGUGCAGUUACUCUUUAAGAGCUUCUGUUAGUAUUGGGGCACUGGACUGGUUUCAACAUCACGAAGAAUUUGUGUAACUGCCAGCUCUGGCCCACUUUUUAACGUUUCUGUAGCUGUGAAUUCCCUUCCCAGCCUAUAUAAAACGUGUCGAUCAGAACUUCUUACGAGCAAGGAUAGCACUAGGACUGCAGUUGGAGAGUAUCGUCCUUAGGACUGUGGCUCACGGUGGUAAAGGGAUUGCUGAGCAAGCUGCUAAGUGGAGUGUUUUAUAAGGGACUUUAUAUUUCCCACGAAUCCUGCAACCCCUCAAUAAAUGUUUCUCUAAGAC